AUGUCGUUUUGUUUUAGAUUUGGCCGUGGGCUCGGCUCGUACGUCUCCAUGCUGUACCUUUUCGUCAAAUUUCUCUAUUUAGUCAAUAUUUUCACGCAGUUUUAUAUUCUGAAUAGCUUCCUGGGUAGUGACUACACCUUCUGGGGCUUCCAGACGUUCCGCGAUCUUUGGAAUGGACGUGAAUGGUUGGAUUCCGGAGUGUUUCCACGUGUAACCAUGUGUGAUUUCAAAAUUCGCCGUCUGGCUAACACUCACAAAUACACCGUACAAUGUGUAUUAAUGAUUAAUAUGUUUAACGAAAAAAUUUACCUCUUCAUCUGGUUCUGGUUCUUACUUGUCGCUAUAUCGACGGCAAUCAAUUUCUUUUACUGCUUCCUGCAGUUGGUUUUGACGUCAUUCCGGGAGAAGUCGACCAAGACGUGGCUGUCUGGACCAAGCCGUACUGGUGAGGACACAACAGACGGCUUCCGCCACCAGCACAUCAUGCGUCGUUUCACCCAUACUGCACUUCGCCCAGAUGGCAUUCUGUUGUUGCGCUUCAUUGAAGGACACGCUGGUGCCAUAGUUGCUCGUGAACUCACAUCGAAGUUGUUUACUGACUACCUCGAACAGAUGUCCUACAAUAACCAAGGGCACAGCCAUUCGACUAAAUCAACAAGCCCAGGGAUGAUUGACGACGGUCCACAUGAGAAUCUGUACAAUGCGGAAAAACUUGGUGGCCUUAUGGCCCCUGAUUAUCCAUCGAAACAUGUCUGA